AUGGCGAUUCCGCACUCCAUCCUCCUCGCUCAACUUAUUGCGCAAGCAGGUGAUCUUAACCUAUAUCAAAUACAUAAGUACAUACAGAUCAGCGUGAUCACAUGCUACGUGCUCGAGGCCAUUGCCACGCUCCCUGAUGAGAUGGCAUAUGUGUGGCCAUCGGACUGGGGCCUCAUAAAGAUUUUAUAUCUCUUCAAUAAGUAUUCUCCUUUCGUGGACAUAGCCUUAUUGGUCCAAGUUGAUAUAAUGUCUCAUGACGCUGAUGCGUGCGCGCUGCAGUUCCAGCUGUUAAACUACUGGUUGAUCGUCGGCGUGCUGUGUUCCGAAUUCAUCCUACUCGUUCGAACAUAUGCUCUCUGGGGUGGCGACCGGCAUAUCCUCUAUUUCAUGAUCUUCGCGGCCGCUCUGAUGACACCUCAUGCUUUUUAUGUCGCGUAUGACAUGCUCCGCGUCAACCUCAAAUCGUUCGGGGAUGAUGCACAGACGGUCCGAAUCCUUGGGUGUAUGCCUGCAAUCAAUGACUUUGAUGUCUGGCCAGCGAACGUAUACAUGAUCUAUGCAGAGCUGGUGGUGGUCCUGUUGACACUGUUGAAGCGCUACUUGGAUGAUGUCUCAUUUGCCGAUCAUAAUUCGCGCAUGAGCAUUCUCAUGACCACCUUGUACCGCGAUGGAACCUGCUUUUGGGCAGUCGUCCUCGGUGACGCUUUCGUAAUUCACAGGCAAUAA